AGCGAUCGACAUGCAGGAUGUCUCCGCGGAGGUCUCCUCCCCCUCGGGGGCCCGCCAGCCUGCAGAACUGGUCGCCGCAGGCAACGACACCUACUGUGUGCGCUUCGUUCCCACGGAGAUGGGCGUGCACAGCGUGAGUGUGCGGUACAGGGGCGUGCACGUGCCAGGCAGCCCCUUCCAGUUCACUGUGGGGCCCCUGGGAGAGGGGGGGGCCGCCAAGGUGAGGGCAGGAGGUCCGGGACUGGAGGGAGCCCAGGCAGGAGAGCCAGCUGAGUUCAGUAUCUGGACGAGGGAGGCGGGGGCCGGCGGUCUCUCCAUCGCUGUGGAGGGUCCCAGCAGGGCGGAGAUCUCCUUCGACGACCGCAAAGACGGGUCCUGCGGGGUCUCCUACGUGGCUCAGGACCCCGGUGAUUAUGAGAUUUCGGUGAAGUUUAACGAGCAGCACAUCCCUGACAGCCCGUUCCUGGUUCCUGUGGUCGCUCCGGCCAACGACGCCCGCCGCCUCAGUGUUACCGGCCUUCAGGUGAGGCACGAGGAGACACCCCCACACCCUCUGAGGCUCAGUUGCAUAAAAGUGUGAUAUCAUGAGCACAACAAUAAAUCAUGGGCGAAGAUAGAUAUUAAGAUUUUGAGUUAAAACACACACAGCUGGCUGAUUUCAUUCCACUUAUUUUUUUAAAUAAAGUUUCUUU